AUGAUCUUUGAGCCCCUAACCCGAGUUCCCGUCCCGUAUGUGGACAUCCUGAGCUAUCUGUUCGAGAAUCCCAAGUACAACCCUGACAAGCCCGUCUACAUCGACGUCGCCAAUCCUUCACGCUCGAUCUCACUGAACCAGGCCCGCACCAUUGUCCGCCAGCUCAUCGCCGGCCUGCGCAAAUGGGGCGUCAAAGAGGGCGACUGUGUCGCUAUCCACUCCUUCAAUGAUAUCGCAUAUCCCAUGCUCGUCCUGGCCAUCGUGGGCGCUGGCGGUAUAUUCACGGGAACCAACCCUGCGUACACAGCACACGAGAUCGCACACCACUUCCGUGCGUCCGAGACUCGGUUCGUCGUGUCCGAGCCCGAGAUCAUCGAGCCGAUCAUCGACGCCGCGAAGCAGGUCGGGAUUCCCGAUGCGAAUGUGCGCUUUUUCGACACGCAGGGCCAGAGUCUCUCCGGGGGUCGACUGUCAUGGAGGGAACUGCUCAACCACGGCGAAGAGGACUGGGUCUCCUUCAACGAUGAGCAACGGGCAAAGACAACGACUGCCGCGAGACUCUUCAGCAGCGGCACAACAGGCCUCCCCAAGGCCGUCACAAACACGCACCACAAUUUCGUCGCGCAGCAGGAACUCGUUUACGAGGUGAAUCCUCGGCCGUAUGAAGGCAACCGCGUCAUCGCAAUCCCACUCUUCCACGCCGCCGCCGCCCCAAGCACACACUUCGGCAUCCUCAAGUCCGGCAACACGACGUACAUGAUGCGCCGCUUCGACCUGCCCGUCUUCUUGUCCACAUUCGAGAAAUACAACAUCACAGACCUGGGUCUCGUCCCGCCCAUCGCCAUCGCCGUGCUCAUGAACCAGCUCACGCACACGCGCCCGUUCCUCAAGUCCGUCAAGACGGCGACGUGCGGUGCCGCGCCAUUAGAUAAAGGCGUGCAGGCGCGCAUCCAGAAAUUACUCUCUGACGGCGCGCCUUUUACCCAGGUUUGGGGCAUGACCGAGACGACUUGCAUUGCGAUGAAUUUCCCGUAUCCUGAGGAUGACGAUACGGGGUCUGUUGGGUUGUUGAUUGCGAAUGUCGAGGCGAAGCUGGUCAACGACGCAGGCGAGAACAUCUCGGCAUUCGACACACGCGGGGAACUCUGCGUGCGCGGUCCCACAGUUACACCGGGCUACUUCAACAACCCCAAAGCCAACGCCGAGUCCUUCGAUGCAGACGGGUGGUUCCACACGGGCGACAUCGCGUACUGCGCCGCGGGCACGCGGAAAUGGUACAUCGUCGACCGCAAGAAGGAGCUGAUCAAGGUGCGUGGGUUCCAGGUUGCUCCGCCCGAGCUGGAGGCCGUGCUGCUGUCGCAUCCGCAGAUUGUUGAUGCGGCGGUGAUUGGGGUUGCGGAUUCGGGGGGUGAUGGGGAGUUGCCUAGGGCGUAUGUUGUCAGGAGGCCUGGGAGUGGGGAUGGGCUGACUGAGGAGGAGGUUAAGGGGUAUCUUGCGCCGAAGUUGGCUAGGUAUAAGGCGCUGGCUGGGGGUGUGAAGUUUGUCGAGGCGAUUCCGAAGAAUGCCAGUGGGAAGAUACUCAAGAGAGUGUUGAGAGAGGAGGCGGCUAAGGAGGUCGUGAAGGAGGGUCGUUCUAGACUGUAG